AUGACCUCGCCACGGUCACCGGCGCCGCGCUCUACACAGCCAGCCUGCCAAGUCAGCAAAAUAAAUAUGAGCCCAAGCCGCACCCAGCCUACCCUCGCGACCUCGGUAGAUGUCCUCAUCCCGGCCUUCAACGAAGAAGAGUCUCUACCUUUGGUGUUGGCCGAUAUCCCGCGGCCGCCAGUGCGCCGGGUGGUGGUGGCCAACAACCGCUCGACCGACAGCACCGCCCAGGUGGCCGAGGAAGGUGGCGCCGAGGUCGUAGCGGCGCCGAUACCGGGUUACGGCAGCGCCUGUCUGUCGGCUCUUGCCCACUUGCGGGCCACCGGCCCGCCGGAGAUCGUGGUCUUUCUAGACGGCGACUACUCCGACCACCCGGAAGAGCUACCGCGGGUGAUCGAGCCGAUACUCGCCGGCCGCGCCGACGCAGUGAUCGGCUCGCGGACCUUGGGCCAACGCGAGCGUGGCGCGCUGCUGCCGCAGGCGCGGAUGGGCAACCUGGUGGCUUGUACUCUGAUUCGGCUGCUCUACGGGCACCGCUACACCGACCUGGGCCCCUUCCGGGCGAUCCGCUGGUCGGCCUUCGAGCGCCUCGGAAUGAGCGAUCCGAACUUCGGCUGGACCGCCGAGCUGCAGGUCAAGGCGCUGCGCCUCGACAUGACCGUGGUCGAGGUACCGGUGAGCUAUCGCAAGCGGGUCGGGGUAUCGAAGAUCACCGGCACUCUCAAGGGCACUGUGUUGGCGGGCUACAAGAUUCUGCUGACGGUCUUUCGCUACAGCUUCGGCAAGCUAUGA